AGAGUUAUCUGUCCUUUGCCUCCCCGACCGACAUCUAAUUUCGUCAGUUCAAAGACGAAAUGGAAUCGUUAAUUCCAGUCAUUAAUAAGCUUCAAGAUGUUUUCAAUACCGUAGGAUCAGAAACAAUUCAACUACCACAGAUAGUGGUUAUAGGAAACCAGGUUUGGUUUACUCUUUAAACAGUAUUCUAGGGAUAACAUUUUAGCGGCUAAAUAAAAUUCGCCGCGGCUAAGGCCCAACAAACAAUAAUAAAAAUAACACAACUGAAAUAAUAACAUAAUAGUGAUCAAGUGAAUUGAAUUAACAUGUUAGAACAACUGAGUAUUGACCCUCAUGAGAACCCUCUUAAUCUGAGUUGCAAUUUUAAUCUAUUGUUUAAAUAUUAAUUUAUCAUAAUUUAUAUUCCUGGUUCUAUUAGUAGGUACAUUUGACUUUGAUAAAAUAAUUAAAUAUUUUUGUAAAAAUAAACGAAUAAAGGUACUUCCGUAUCACCCGGAAAUUCCAGAAAAACAGGUAUCGUAAUUUCGUUGCCAAAAUGGCCACUCCACUUUUUAAUUUACUGAGGGUAUUGUUGUUUCGCCAGAUUCUACAUCCGCCAAUUACUUAAAGUGUUGGCUUUAACUUAAACUUAAAGCCAAUAUCUUGCUUGUCCUAUUGAGAAUUCAUUUGAUUUAUUUAUUUUUUUUGAGGUUAAAGCUUUGAAAAUUGAAGUUGAAAAUAGGUAAACUUCACUUAUUAUCAAUAAUUUUUUUUCUCAUAAGCGCUGAUUGAUUAAAAAUAAAUCUCAUUUAGUUUAUAGUACAGGUUCAUUUACAGUGUAGACCAUGGGUAGGCUUCAAAAACGAAAGUCACAGAUGUCAUUUUUUUAGGCUAUGUAAUUUAAUUUGUCAUCAUGGCAUUCAUGGCCACCGUGCUUGUCUGCUUAUUGCAAAUAUCAAUAGCGGCCAUGGGGUAAUAAAUAAUUCAUUAAAUUGGUUAUCCAGAAUAUAAAUGGAAAAUAUAAGUAAAAAUAAAUCACUUUAAAUAAAUAAAAAAUGUUUUAUAACAUAAAGAAUUAUUAUUGGCUAAUGAAAUAUCAGUGGUUUUAAUUUUUGGGUUGGUUGCCAUGGACAUGGCUGACAUGGGAUUGAUAAGCACUUGUCUUUGACUGAUAUAGUAAAUAGACUUAGUAAAAGUAUUAUAAUAGUAAUUAUACUAUAAUAAAUGAUUUAAGGAGUGAGAUAAAUAGAUUUUAAUACAACUAUUAUAUUUAUAUUAGUUUAUGUUUAUAUAUAUUAUAUUAUUUAUAUAUAUAUAUAAAUAUAUAUGUACAUACAAAGGGGCUAUUCGUACCCAGGUCCGAGAAGUUAGAUGUUGGGAUUAUAAUUUUUUUUAAAUAUAUUGUUGUCAAGUUGUAAGAUAAAAUUUGGUAUCAAAUGAAAGAUAAUUGAAUGGACUAUAUGUUUGUAAACUUAAUUCUUCAGUUUAACUAAAAUAAACUACCACAAGUGACAUCCGAAUAGCAUUGAGUCUAAAGGGACCCGGGUCUGAAUAUCGGCAAUGCGUUUCUGGUUGCAUUUUGUUUGUCAACUACUUAUUUUGAAAUUUCAACUUUGGCAAAUGACUAAUUAAUUAAAGUUUUCCCUGACCUGGUUUAUAAUAGUGAAUGGCUGCGGCAAUGGCCAUGACAUUUUGCUCACAGAAAAUUAUGAUCAUUUAUAAUAUGGACUCUACUCAGGUUUUUAACCACAAAUGAAAAUAGUAUUCUUUCAAUAACAUUUAAGCUCAUUCUAAAACAUAAGUUACUAAAUAUUUUGAUGUAAAUAGUGGUAAUAAUUAAAUAUUUCCUUAGUAUCGGCGUCUUCCGCCGUUAAAAGGGGGCUUGGCCACUUCUUUAUCGAAAUUGGGAUGACCAGCAUUACCAUAUAGCAGUUUACUCAAAUGAGCAUAACAAGUGGCCGACAUGUUUUAACUCAAUGAAAAUUGACACACAUAUAUAUUGAUAGAUAAUACAGAGUAAGACUAAAUAUGAUAGACAUAAAAGUUGAACUUGUCUACUAAUUUUUUAGUAAAAGAUGCUUUAUAAUUAAGGGGAAUUUCAAAAUACAUGUCAUUGAAAAAUCCAAACAAAUCAAUGAAAAUGUAGGCCAAGAUGUCUACUAAAGUGAAAGGAUGAAAACGGAGCUCAAAUAAAUUACUCAUUUAUUAACACAUUGGAAAAUUUAAAAUUUGGAUUUCUCAACGCCUAUCUCCCUUUUCCGAUACACAAAAAGUAGUAGUCUCCCUUGCCUGACUGAAGUACCUACUGGUUCUAUGUAUGUCUAUGUUCAGUCUCAGUUUUUGUACUUACAUAUUUAGGUCCGACAGUACUCAAUCAUGCAUCUGUUCUGCGCAUGUCAAAAAAGGAUGCAAAAACUUUUGUGACAAUUUAACAUUUGGGUAAUUACCACUUGAGCGUCGUUAUGAAAGAAGUCAUGUUGUUUGGGUUUGAAGUGCCAUUUAAACGGUUAUUGUUUUAUUGAUAAGAUAUAAAUCUUUAUACAUACAAAUAAAUGGACAUAUUUUUAAUAACAUAGCACAUAUUAAUUUCAGCACAUAUAUAAAAGACAACAUUUUUAAAAUAGAAAAAUUUUAACAAUUAAAUAGUUUUUUCAAAUAGAAAAAUUUUGACAAUUUAAUGUAUGAAAAAAAACAGAGUCUGAGUUUAUAUCAUCUCCAUGAAAAUGAUGGCGGGAGACGAACUUAUGAAAAUAUUGCAGCUUGUGCCGAACUGCCUUUUCAGUUUGCGCUUUGCGUGCAACCACAUUUUUCAACCUUAUGUGUGUGGACAUCAGCGUCCUUUGGAUUGAUACAAUUUUGUUGAAGAAAAAUGGAGUGUUUGUAGAUUCCAUGUCUGAAAUGGUUUAUGCUUGUAUAAGCCACCCAUCUGCCUGAUAACUGAGCUUGGAAGGAUAUAUCUCUCUAUGCACUCCUGUAAUGUGAUCGCACAUUGCUCUGGCACUCAAAGAAAACAUUGCCCACUCUCUCUUUCUAUGCCACCGAAAAACCAGUUGCCCUCUCCACAGUACUAUUAAUAGAAAUCAAUAAAAGAAUAAGCAUUUCAAUAGCACUUCAAAUCGGAACAACACUUUUUUUUUUUAUAAGCGACACUGAAGUGGUAAAUUACCUAACAUUCGACUCGGCAAUGAUUUUGUUUUUAUGCAUUUUAUGCCACAGCUUUCUUAUAAUAAAUUAAUUUGCUAUCAGUGAUGGAAAUGCAUUUGCUCUGAUGUAUUGGUAUGUACUUAAUAACUUAUAAUUUUUAAAUGUAAAAUCUUGACAUAUAAAAUGGUUUACCAGCUACUGCUUCAUUCAUUUACAUACGGAUAUAACUUUAUUUCAAUAAUAAAGCAAUUUCCCAAAAAAAUGUAUACAUUUAACUCUGUUAAGGUUUAAGAAAAUGAAAAUGCCAUUUUCACCAGUCAUCCCACCUCAUGUAAAGAAAAUUAUGUUGUCUGAAAUGGUUUUUAUCAAUUUAAUAUAAAGAGAUUUUCAUUAUUGUUCAACUUUAAAAAUAUGUGGCACAUUAAUCAGUUAAUGAAUUAGAAAGUUUUUCAAAGUUAAUUAGAAAUUAAUACAACCCAAUAAAUUAAAGAGUUUUUUAAAAAUUCAUUUUAGUUCUUAUAGUCAGGUGAAUUUCAAAUUUGUUUUGUCGAUUGAUUUAUUAUAUUAAUAUAUGUAUAGUAAAGGGAGAUGCCUAGUUGUUACCAGUAUUUACCAGUAUUUAUUAAUUAUAAUUAAAGAAAUAAUACCACAAAAAAAAAAGAAUUGCUGUUAUUGAUUAUUUCAAUUGAACCAUAUUUUAUCAUUUACAUGGCUUUUGCCUGUACUUUAAAAGCCUAAGCCUAAUAAACUAAACUAUUCCAUUACUGCAACUAUACUUACAGGCCUAAUUUAGGUGUUUUUUUUUUUUUAAUUUAAUCUGGUAUUUGAUUCUAAAUAUUAAUUAAUUGUUAAGUCAAUGUAAUAUUCUCAUACUUGUCUACUUACUGUGUGUCUUAACUUUUAGUUUUAGAGUCUAUACUAUUCCAUUACUGCAACUAUACUUACAGGCCUAAUUUAGGUGUUUUUUUUUUUUUAAUUUAAUCUGGUAUUUGAUUCUAAAUAUUAAUUAAUUGUUAAGUCAAUGUAAUAUUCUAAUACUUGUCUACUUACUGUGUGUCUUAACUUUUAGUUUUAGAGUCUAGUCCUAUUUAGAAUAAUUUAGGCCUUAUACUUAAUUAGAAUAAUUUAUAUAAUUAUAAUCCAAUAUAAUUGCAAAUUUUAACACAAAAGUCCAUGACUUAUUUAAAAUAAGGUAAUAUUUAUAAAUUAGCCUAUACAAUUUUUAUUAAAAGAUAUCAAAUAAAUAAGUACGACUCAUCAUCAUUUUAUUAAAUAUAUUUAAUUACGAGGUAUAUAGGAAAUCAGUUUACAUAGACUAAUACUUAACCCUUUCUGCCGCACUGGGUCUAAUACAACCGGAAACAAAAAAUGAUUUCUGAUAUCUGGAGUCUCCUUUCAAUAAUUUUUCUCAUACUCGACCUAAUCCAUAAGGUAGUUGGAAUGAACACCUUGGUGGAUACAAUUGUCUAUCUAAAGCAUGCGAAAGUGACUAAUUUUUUGGGACCUAAUCUUUUUUACAGUAACUAGCAUUUGGGUGUAACACACCCGUGCAUAAUGUAAUAGAAGAAAAAAACGUCUAAACUGGCUUGUGAACAUUUUGUUAUAUUAUUUGAGUCUGUGUAAUCCAUAAAUUAGAUUUUAAAUUUUGACUAAUAAAUAUUCUGAAUGGAUUUGGGUACCAGGGAACCAACAAUAGGAACAUCUAUUCAACUUGACAAACUAUUUCAAAGCAGACCAGUCACAUGUACACAUGGAAAAAUGAGCUUUGCAGCUCAGCUUGCACAGUUUUUACAUAAUAGAUCAGAAUGUUCUUUGCAAUAAAUAUGUCAAAUAAACUUGCUGAGUUGAAGUGGUUUGGACAGCUGUUUGAAGUGUUUGUAAAGAUUUCAAAACACUGGCGAUGUUCUACCUCACAAUAUCUUGAGUGUCUGGAUGAAUAAUCUCUGCUUGCGGAGGGGUAAGGAAAUGUGCAACAUCACUAUUGACUGUCUGUUGUCUGCAUGAGACCAGUGAAUUAGCCACUCUUGCUACAAUUGAUGCAAAGUCAACAAUGUUGAAAAACACAACCAAAGGACAUCUUUUACAUUUAGUUUUUGUAUUCACAGAGAACACCUUCGCCAUUUGGUCCAUGGCGAAUACGCCUCUUUUGAUUUUGUUGUUAUAGACCACAAUCUCUGGUUUCUUGCAUUUAGUUUCACUUUCUAUAUCUGGACGAUUGUGUAUUGUGUUCAGGAGCAAUAUAUUUUUCUGCUUCGAGCUCUGAUAUUUGACAAUGUUGUUUCUAGUCUGAACAAAACCACUGAUGUGUUGAGGGACAGAGCCUUCUUUUGCUCUAACCACUUGGGUAGGAACAUCUUGUCCCGUUUCACUGUUCCAACUUGUGUGUCUGUUCUUGGCCAUUGGUUCUUCAAGUUGUAGGGGAAUGAAAUAAUAGUCUGUUCUGAAAUUGCGGCCACUUCCAUGGAAGUCCGUUGUAAAAGAAAUCACAGUCUCUGGGGAUAUUCCAACAUUACUCUUUGCUGGCAGGGCACUUGCAUUUUCUUUGCCAAGAUAUGGGCAGCCUCUAAGAGGAUUCCCAGGCCCAGAAGAUUGUUAUUCCAUAUUUUUUGGGCUUGCUUGGCAUAUAUUGAAUAAAUCUGCACCGACCUCUAAAACCAACCAGUUGCUCUCCUACUGUGAUGCUCUCUCCAGGAACAUAAUACCUUGCUAAAUUACUCAGGAAUGCUUCUCAUACAUCUCUUAUGGGAGCAAAGAUGUCACGAGCCGGAAAUGAUUGAUCUAGUAUCCUUGUUGUCAAAGCCAAGAUGAAUCGGAAGUUUGCUGAAUCUCCUCAUUGAAAAUGCAGCCCUAAAAUGAGGAUAUCCAUCAACAUGGCUGAAUAAAAAUUCCACUGAAAUGCUGUUGAGGUGAAGAUCGUCAGUGUGUACUAGGCAGCCAAUAAAAGCUUUCAUUUAGAUCGCAUAAGACCCUUACCAUUUGUUUUCUCUUUUUUCUCGCCUCCCCUGUUGGUGCAGUCAGCUAUUGUUUGUAUCAUUUUUCAUUAAUGUACAGAACAAAUGCUUCAGUGGAAGAAACUACAUGAUCUGUGAAGGGAGUUUGGUUGCAAGGCAACUAAAUCAUGCCACAUUGUAAAAAAAAAUAUAACAUAAAGAGAGCCAUUUACUGGGAUAUAAGACUAUGGGUGUAACCCACCCAGUUGCAGGAAUCGCCAGAAACACUUUUUCCCAUUAUAAUAUAAGUGUACAGGUGUGCUACACCCAGUUGCGAGGAACAGGGUAUACAAUAUGUUGCGGCUGAAAGGGUUAAUUAGGGCAUAACCGGAUGCAGUUUUUUUACACCGAGUAUUUUCUCAAAUAUUUUAGAAAAUACCCUUUGGGUCCAAGUGUUACAAAAAAAAAAAAAGUUAACUUCUCAUUUUCUAUAAUAUGAAAUGAAACCUAUUGCCCUAUUUGGUAGUGAGAGUCCAUUGCCUUCGUCAACCCUUUAUGUCAAGAAAUAACCCCCUGAUAGGAACAGGCAGCUGCCGGAUCCUGGAAUAGAGAUGAUGUUGAACAAAAAACCUGUUAACAGAGAAGAUACUGUUGUUCAUUUUAUACCAAAGAUUUACUCAAGAAAAACUACAUUUGCUGUAUAUAAAAUUUAGCAAACUAUUUCAAGGACUUCAGACAUUGUGACAGAGGAACACAAACAAAAUAAACACAGAAUAAAAGUCACCCUCCCCUAAAGAAUUUUUUUUUACUGAGUUCACAUGUCACACUUGACAGCCUUUUUUUCACUCAGUACUAUUAUUUUAAAACAUGGAGUUGGGGGGCGGGCGGUUUUGAGAAGGAAGCAGGGCACACCAGAAGCAAAAUAUAUUAUAUUUAAUAUUUCUAAUAAAUAAUUUUUUUAUUAACACAUAACUUGAAUAAUAAUAAACGAAACUUGAAAUCGUAUAGAUGCCGGACUAUGAUGUUACUUCUGUGCUUCUGUCAGAUGCAAGAGAAAAUUUAAAUUUUCGAUUACAGAGACAAUGGAAUUCCUUCCAUUGCAAAUGAGACACAUUAGGACAUAGAUGGCAAAGAGAAAGUUUAUGUUGGAGAGAUUGUGGGAUUCGUCAAUAAGACUAAGAAGUCUGUGGAGCAGUCUACCCAGAAAUGACAGGCAGAACAUCCUCAUUAUCUUUUAAUCACAUGCAAUUGCUGGUAUGGUUUUAUUUAUUUUUUUUUUUGGGGGUUUUUUUUUUUUUUUUUUUGAUUUAGAACUUCAUGAUCACACAUUCAAUUUUUUUUUUUUUUAAAGAUUUGAACUUAUCUUUUAUAAUUAUUAACAUAGAAGAUUUAAAUUUAACUGAAGCAUAUAUUUAAUUAAAAUACAGUUAAUCUGCUUUUUUUAUAUUGUUUUUGUCCUCUAUAAGUAAUAAUUUUUUCCAAUUUUUCUUUUCAGGAUAUUUUUUAACUACCCUCAAAUAAAAGAAAAAAAAAUAUUGAUGCUAUGUAAAAGUUUUGUUGUUCAUUGUGUUUUAAAGUGCAUUGAGAAUGUCUUCUGAAAUUUUGGUAAUGUUAUCUUUUAAAAUAAAAAAAACUUGAUAUUUUGUUUAAGUUAAAGCUUAUAGCAAGCCAUUUAAACUGAUUUAUCUUUUAUGGCAAUCAGACAAUAUUAAAAAUUUAUGCCAAAGUACCUAAAUUUAUAGGGCCAAAGGCCUAGCAGGUAUAAACUAGGUCUACCUUAUCAACUGUUUAAGGCCUUAAGAUGCUCAAUCAAUAAUUUAUGAGGCCUAUUUAUUCAAAUCCCUUUGUCCACCUUAACUUACCUUUUUAACAUAAACUUAGGUCUACCUCUCAGUUCAGAACAAAGUAGCAUCCUAAUAUUUUAUUUACUUUAAUUACAUGCUGUUAAAAUAGGGUUAAAAAUUAAUUCUAUUUUAGCAGAGAUAUAGAAACAAAAAAAAAUUGUUAGGAUUUGGAGCCAGCAUAUUUUGUGGGCUUAGAAAGCAAUACAAAUUCCAGGUACAAAAAUUUGAGGUUCAUGUCAAGCUGGAUUAUUUUGUUUAACCACCCCCUGCUAUUAGUAACAUAGUUAGGCCUAUUAAUUAUUUUAAAUAAUCGAAAGUCAUACAAUUCUGUUUUGGAUGAGUCCUAUAAUUCAGGAUAUUUUAAAGUAAUUUAAAUCACGUUUUUAAAUAUAUUGUUAGGACAAUGAAUGGGCAGCUGGAACAAAGGUCAAAUAAAUGUAAAAAUUGUAACAUUAAAUUUUGGAGUAAUGAAAAACAUUUCAUGUUAGAGUUGUGUGCUCUUACUUAUAACCCCAUAUCCUCCUUAUAUAUAGAAUAAACAAACUCACUGUCUUGUCAGAUGAUAAGUUUGAAGCGGAAAUGAUAUCUCUCAAUCUAACUAUUUAAUGAAGUUAGUUUAGUUUUUACUUACAUUUUUUUCAUUAUCAGAGCUCAGGAAAAAGCUCGGUUCUUGAAACACUAGUUGGUCAUGACUUUCUGCCAAGAGGGACCGGGAUUGUCACCCGUAGGCCCCUAGUGCUGCAGCUUCUGCAUGUGCCUAAAGACGGUUCUCGUAUGCGGCACGAGGACAUGCGUAAGUAGUAUUAUUUCAGCUUGUUUUUUAUAUUUCCAAUUGGAGAUUUUUUAAAUUUUAAUUCCUGAAAAUGUAAUUUAUUGUGGAAACCAUAACAUACACAGUCAAAAUGUGAAAGGAUAUUUAUCAUUUAUAAAUAUAUGCCAUUUUGGUUUCCAUAACUUGACUAUGAUUAUAUUUUUUUCCUUAGAGAAUGUUACAGCACCAGAAUGGGCAAAGUUCCUUCAUACUAAAAAUAAAAUCUACACAGACUUUCAUGAAGUUUGUAAAGAAAUUGAAAAUGAGACAGACCGCAUGUCAGGGACUAACAAGGUACUAUAAAAAUCAAUGCUGUAGACUAUGUUUUCACUCUGCUUGAACAUGUUAAAGAAAAAUGAUAAUACUUAUUACAUGGUACUUUAACCUAAUCAUUAUUGUCAAGUAUUACUGCAGAAUAAAUGUAUGUCCACUUGUCGCUUUAUCAACUAAAUAUUUUAGUUUCCAAUUAUUAUCAAUUUUUGUUUAAUUACAUUAUUUAAUAAAAACAUGAUGUUGGUUUUAAAAGGUUCCAUUGAAUAGCCUAAAAACUGAAUAUAAUGCUGCUAAAAUAUUUAUGUCUCUUUUCAGGGAAUCUGUACAGAACCUAUUUCACUUAAGAUUUAUUCCUCUAAAGUGGUGAAUCUGACCCUUGUCGACCUGCCAGGAUUGACUAAAGUUCCUGUAGGGGAUCAGCCUCCAGAUAUUGAGAACCAGAUUCGGGACCUUGUUAUCCACUACAUCUCCAACCCCAACUCUGUUAUCCUUGCUGUGACUGCAGGCAACACAGAUUUCGCUACAUCAGAGGCAUUAAAGUUAGCUAGAGAAUAUGAUCCCGAUGGUAAUGAUUAGAUGAGUACAUUGUAAAUAAGAUACACUACAAGACCGUUCCUGUUUUGUUUAUCAGUUUUUUGCUUGUUAAAAUUUACAUAAAGCUGUGGGAUGAGAAUGCAGUUUUCAAAAAUACACAUUUGUUAUUCAGGCAGAAGAACUUUAGCAGUGAUCACUAAAUUGGAUCUAAUGGACGCCGGGACAGAUGCAAUGGAUGUACUGUGUGGAAGAGUCAUUCCUGUCAAGCUUGGUAUCAUUGGAGUUGUGAAUAGAAGUCAAGCUGAUAUUAACAACAAAAAGGUAAAAUUCCAUGAUACUUCUUGCUCUUGAUGAGUAUUCAGUCCUAGGGAUUUUUACUUAUAGUUAAAGCAUUUAUUUGUACUUUGGUGAUAAUUGUGUCAAAACUUAUUGAUAAUCAUAUGUCUUUUUGACCAGGAAUUGUCGGAGUCUUUGAAAGACGAAGCAACAUUUUUACAGAAAAAAUAUCCAUCAAUAGCUAGCCGAAAUGGCACACCGUACCUUGCAAAGACACUAAACAGGGUAAUUAUUUUCUAUAAGAAACUUUUCCUGCUAGGGUCCCUUUUUCGGGGCAUCAAUUAAAUAAUUACUAUUUUUAUGAGUAAUCCGAUUUCAUUUUUUAAAAUUUUAGAUCUGGUUUUAUUGAUAAUGUAAAUGAUAAUGUUUUACUUAAGUCAUUUUCCAAAGUUUACCAUGUAAUUAUUCAUGUGAGAGUGAGACCUUUAAAUUAGCAGGGGAUUGAUCUUUUGAUCCACAGCUACUAAUGCACCACAUCAGAGAUUGUCUUCCAGAAUUAAAAACAAGAGUGAACGUUCUCAUCGCACAAUUUCAGUCACUACUUAAUUCUUUUGGUGAACCAAUCUCUGAUAAAGUAAGUUGUUUUAGAGGAACAGGAGCAUUUCUUAGAAAGCUAACAAUUUUAUUGUGUUUUUUUUAAAACUAAAUAACCUAAUUCUAUCUUAGUAUCUAGCUAUAUUUUAAAUAAUUGUAUCCUUUUGUCUCCAAAACACACAAAGUAUUUUAGCUAUAAAUAAUUGAUACAUGUCUAUUUCAGAGCCAACUACUACUUCAGAUCAUAACUAGAUUUGCUUCAGCAUAUUGUAGCACAAUUGAGGGAACCUCCAGAAAUAUUGAAACAUCUGAACUGUGAGAAAAUGAACAAGCAUGUUACUUGCAUGUUUGCUAUAGUCCUUAUAAUCAGAUUCAAUUAAUGUAAAAGAAAGUUCUGGGGGUAAAAUACCUACAAAGUAAUGAAAGGAAAUUUAAUAUGAAUUACUAUUGCUAUACUUAAUAGGUUGUAUGCGAUACUUUUAUUGGUAAGUGAUGAUUUUUUUUAUAAACUUAAUCUUCAUGCAGUUAACAUGUAUAUAUUUUUGAUCAUGUCGAUAUCAACAGGUGCGGGGGUGCACGCAUUUGCUACAUAUUUCAUGAAACUUUUGGUAAGACAUUGGAGUCUGUGGAUCCACUAGGUGGACUCAAUACAAGAGAUAUACUCACAGCUAUUAGAAAUGCAACUGUAAGUCAAAGCCACUGUUUCACAGUUGGAUCAAUUCAAAUUUACUUUUUGUUUCUAGCAAUUCAUAGGGAUACAACACUUACACUAUUCUGACAAUGUAAUUAAUAUCCAUUCUUUUUAUACAAACAGCUUCUUUUUUUUAAAAAAUCAUGUUCAUUAUCUUUGUCAGGGGCUCUUGAUUUCUUUUGUAAUUUGGUUCAAAUAAAAGAGUUUUCUCAUUUCUGAAAAGUGUCAUGAUAAAUUAUGUAUCUAUUUCAGGGUCCAAGGCCAGCAUUAUUUGUCCCCGAGAUCUCUUUUGAAUUGCUGGUAAAGAGACAGAUCCGUAGGCUAGAGGAACCCAGCUUGAGAUGUGUGGAGUUAGUUCAUGAAGAGAUGCAGAGAAUGAUUCAACAUUGUGGAACACAUGUAAGUUGGAGAGAGUGGGUCUACAUCAUAAUAGUGGAUGUCAGAGUUGAUAAGGGUGGAUGUGGAUGUUGUGAAGAGUAUUUAUUAAUAUCAAAAUUUAUCAAAGAUGUCUAUCUUGAAUGAGUCUAAUGAUAUAGCCAGGGUUUAGUAGUGAGCUCCAUCCCUUGGGUUAAAUAAGCAUUUUUUAAAAAUAUUUCAUGAUCCAUUUCAGCAAGAAAUGUUACGUUUUCCCAAGCUUCAUGAACGUAUUGUUGAUGUAGUUACAAACUCUCUACGUCAAAGAUUGCCCCCAACAAACUCAAUGGUAAGUUUUUUUAUUUUGCUGCUUAAUAUGUUAAAUUUUUGUAUAGUUUUUUUUUUUUUUGAGGAUAUUGCUACCAUCUAAGGCUGACAUCAUCCAAGUGUCAAGGCAAUAGUUGAAAGGGGAAGCAGCACUUUUUGAAACUAUAUCAGGAUGAGUAUUUGACAAAAAUCUGCCUUUUGGGGAAAAAAAUCAAAUUUUUGUCUAAACUUGCAGCAUCUCGACACCUUAGUUGAUAGUUGACUUCUUAUGAUAGUUAACAUGUCUUCAUUGACAUCAUAAAUGAUAUUUUGUUGUUUGUAACAUACAUCCCAUGUCCACUUUAACAGUGGAUCAGUUUCAUUAAAAUGAUCUUUUGCUGACUUAUGGAACACAUUUUUCUUAUCUCUGUUGCCUAUUACAGGUAGAAAACCUAGUCCAAAUUGAACUGGCAUACAUCAACACAAAGCAUCCAGAUUUUUCUGAGGCCCAUUCUGUACACAGAGCCAUGAUGGGAGGAGCUACAGAAGCUGAAGCCCAGAGAACUCUCAGUCAGAGAAACGUCUUGGAUAGGAUCCAAGAAGACAAAGAUCGUGUAAGUUACAUUUGGGGUGUGAGAAUGUUGUGCUUUUUUUCCUUCACCAUUUGCUGUCAAGUAGCUGAAGUGUUUUUUACCUCGUCCCAAAGAAUAGCAGCCUUACUUGGUAAGCAAGCCUGUUUUACCCAUCUAUAUACCCAUAGCUGGGAAUAACCAAAAGAAAUAUGAACCUGCUACCUCUUGCAGGCAACAUUUUCAAUGUUCCACAGAACCAACUCAUUUUAUGUUACACUUGUGAGUUGUAGAACUCAUUGAGUAUUCAGAUGGGUAUGGUUGUGCUAGUUGAGCUGGAGUCCAGGGCAAUCUCUCACUUAAGGAAGAUCCUAAACGUUAAUGAUCAUUUAAUAGGAAAUGUAUGAUUAAAGACUUGUAAAGGGAUAGUUUUCAAUCUGCCCAAGAUUGGUUGCUUGAACCUAAUGUCCCCAGCUAACAAGAAAUCUUAUGUUUGGUCCAUUCUGUUUUCUACUCAUACAUGUUCUAUGUUUUUUACAAGUGUAUCAUUUUUAAUAUUCUGCAGACGGGCAUAUAGCAAUAACUGCUCUCUGAGAUGUUUGUUUCCUUUUUUUAAAAAAUAAACUUAUGUGUAGCUGUUCAAGAUUUGUUGGCUACUGUGUCCAUGUAAGCUUAACUCUAACUCGUGAAUAUAUUUACGUAAUGAGAGUUUGCUAAAAAUUAUUUCCUAUAAAUGAAGAAAAUCUAUAUUACGCUUAUGUCAUGUGAAGCUCACAUCCUUUUUUUUUCAGUGAAGCCAAUUUUAAAUAUUUCUUAAUGGAUAAUUUUAAGUUUAAUUUUUAUAUGAAAUGAACUCAAAAAAAGGCUAUGUCCUCAUCAAUAACAAACGUAAAGGGCUUGUCUGGAGAUGGCUCCUCUACUACAGUGAAGGAGAAAAAGCAAGAGAAGGUAGACAUGUAGAGAUGCAGUUUUGUUUGUUGAAUUCUGGCACACACUGUAUUCCAAAAUGCUGUUAAUUUUAAUAUGUUAGCUUCUAUUACUUUAGGAUUUUCUCAUUAGUGAAUAAUCAUUUUAAUUAUAUGGCUUCUUUGGGCGGCUUGUUGUAAACAAGAGAGUAAAGUGUGACUAUCACUGCUAAAUUAUGUUAACAUGGUUUGGUAACUCUUUGUAACCCACUCUUGCCUGUAACAUCCCUGCUUGAGGCUGCACAAAAUGCAAUGUUAUGUCUUAUGCUCUCUCAGCUCCUAAUUACCAAAAGCCCCACUUUUAAUCCUCUUUUGUUACCAAGUUACUGGCCUUGUCAAAACAAAGUUAUGCCACAUUGUCUAGGGAGAAAAGGUUCACAUCCUAAGUAGGUCAGACAGGCGUGGGCUGAUUAACUCAUCUCAUUUGAAUUUUAAGUGAAAUAUUUUGAUAUGUUUACAUUUUCAGCAAGUGUUUGCAAUUUUGUUUAUUUUUGGAUAUUUCUGACCGGCUUCACUACAUAAUUGAAUUAAAGCUUCAUUUAAAUUUUAAUAUGGACUUCUUUUAUCUAAAUAACACAAUACAAAUACAUCUCUUAUCUUUAAGGUUCCUAUUAUAUUAUGCUUGUUUAGGACAACCGCUACAUAUGUAUUGCUUAAUUAAAUUUUACCUUUUUUUAUUUCAAUGCUGUUUUUUUUCUGAUUGUCUCUGUUGCUACUAAUAAAUAGGUGUUAUUUUUUUUAAAUAACAUAGUUAUAUUCAAGUGUGAUGCAUUGUACCAACUAACUGAGAGCUGUGAAAUGAAAGAUAAUAAUUGUGAGAAUGACCAAGUUAGAUUUCUCAAAGUUGACUGAACUGAUUGACGCAUUGAUAGUAUCUUUAAAGUUAGAUACAACUUUUACAUAUGUUAAUUAGAAACAACCAAUGAUGUUUUACUAAUGGACCUAUUUAAAACUUAGGUUAUAAAAAGAACUUUUAAUUCAUCAAUUCAAACAUUUAUUUUUAAAUCUGAGCAAUGUAUUUCCAUUUCUUUUGUUGAAGUUUUUUUUUUUUUUAAAUCUCUCCCCAGGCCACCCCACCUCCUGCUGUAGACAAUUUAAAUGGUAGCUGGAAGAUCACCAACUUGAUAAGAUCCAACCGCCUGGACCAGCCAGCCAGUGACAGGUCUUCUGAGCCCUCCUCAUCUUUGCCUGGCAGUGGUGCCAACAGUGCAGCCCCAUCUCCCUCCAGAUCCAAGAAAGGAAUCAACUUGCUCCCAGAAGUGGUCAGUUGUUUGCUCUUAAUAUCAACUUUUGAUUAUUACUCACCUAUUCUUAUCAUCUUGGAAAAUUGAUUCUUUUAAAAAAAAUGUAUUUAAAAAAAAAAAAUAAUAAUAAAAAAUUUUUUAAAGCCUCAUUGAUGGAUUUAGGAAUAAUAAUAAUAAUAUGAUACACUAACUGCCGUUGAUUGUCCCACUUUUUUAUCAUCUCAACAGUGUCCAAUAAAUAUUUGGAUAUGAAAUGUUCUUUCUAAUAUUAAUUGAAGGCUGUGUUUUCUCAUUCUUACUAGCUUAGAUAUUUUUUAACUUGUUGCUGUUUAAUAUGACAUAUUUUCAUGAAAUUCAUGACACAUCCUUUAGUUUAGAUCUAUACAUUUUAGGGACAUCUUAAAUAGUUCUCUCAAAUAUGUUAAAUUAGUUAAAUUACAUUAUGGUUAAUAAUAACAACUGAUCCUAACAAAUAAUGUUAACUAAUCCUAAAUAAUUGUAUCAAAUGUGAUCUUAUUUUUUCAUGUUUAGCCAGAGCAGCCAGUCAUGAAACUUUCAGCAAGGGAACAAAGAGAUUGUGAAGUUAUAGGUAAGAUAAGAUUGUGAGGUUAAAUGUAAUACAAGUUUGUGUAGCAAAAUAAGAUUUUAGUGUAUUAGUUUUAAUAAUUUCAAAGUUGUAGAUAUGCUAAGAUAUUGAAGAUAUUAAUAUUGUAAAAUUUUGAUGAUUGUAUGUAGUACUAAAUUGUGAAGCUGUAUGAGAUAUAAGAUUGUGAAGUCAUAAUUAAGAAAGCUUGUUGAGCUGUUUCCAUCUUUACAUCAGAACGAUUGAUCAAAUCCUAUUUCAUGAUUGUGAGGAAGAAUAUCCAGGAUAGCACGCCCAAGGCCAUUAUGCAUUUCUUGGUUAACCACGUAAAGGACCACCUGCAGGUAUUUCACCUAUACAGUUAUUGUAUUUGGGCAUGUUCAGGAAUAAAUGAUUUUGUGUGGCUGGUGACAAUAGUUGAGGCAUGCUCAGAGUAAUAUUUUAAACCUGAUCCUUACAGACAGAUAUUUUUUGGUGCUACUGAAAUGCUUGAAAUUCAUUUUGGUUUGGUUCUGAUAGAAAACUUGUGUCACAAUUUGUUUGUGUUGUCUCCUAACAGCUGAUCUGUGGACAGGAAUUUUUGCCCAAAGCAACAGGGUGCUCGCCCUUGUAUCUUUAUUUUCUCCUGACCAGAAAUUGUUUUAACCUUAUCGUAAAUGAUCUUCAAGCUCAUUUAAACUAAGAGACUUAGUUUUGAGACCAUGGGUACCAAGUUUUGAGACCAUAGGUACCAAGUUUUGAGACAAAUGGUACCAAGUUUUAAGACCAUGGGUACCAAGUUUUGAGACCAUCUACUACCUGCUUUUAUUGGGGAGGGGGGGGGGGCGCAGUUUUGGAAACCGACACAGAACUGACACCAAAAGUAUUGAUGAUUUGACCUGUGAAGUGAAUGUUUUUUAACUCACUGAUCUUAAAAAGUUACAUGGGCAAUCAUCUCUAACUGUUGAUGUUUUUGUAAUCAAUAGUAUUUCUACAGUCCUUCCUGAUUUUGGUCAUGUUUUGCUUGGGUGUUUUCUAUUUUCGUUUCCUCUUGUCAUAUUCUUCUAUGAGAUUAAGUGUCGUUGUUCCUCAGAGUGAACUUGUGAGCCAGCUGUAUAAGAAAGAGGAGAUAGAGACCCUGCUUGAGGAAUCUGUACACAUAGCAGCACGUAGGAAAGAGGCCUCAGAAAUGCUGCAGGUAAACUAGCAAUACAGUGUUAACUGUAUUUUGUUAUAUCUUCUUAAAAAGGCUAUUUUUAUAGUUAAGAAAUAAUGACAGGUUUAUUUUAUAAGGAUCUGAUCCAAAAAGUUGAUUUUUUAAAAAUUAUCCAGCCACAUUUUUUUAACAUUGAAAAGGUGUUUUUUUUUUAACAUUGAAAAGGUUUUUUUUAUUUAUUUUUUUAAAAAAAUUUUUUAAUGUACGGGUAGUUAAAUUGAUGUAAAAAUAUGUGUUUCUCUGAGUAAAAAAUUGUCUGUUUUAUUGCAGGCCUUGCAGCGAGCUAGCCAAAUCAUCGGUGAAAUAAGGGAAAUACAUUUAUGGUAAUGUAAUAUGCUAUGAGUAAAGACAUUGUACAGGAAACAUCGGUCAGCUUUGUGUUGUAACACUUCUAGGACUAUCAUUUUACUAAUUAUACAGUGAGAUACUUCACAGAAACAUCAUAGCAAACAAUUCAUAUCCCACUGAACUGUGGGGGAAACAGGAACUUCUGAUGGAAUGAACACAACUUUAUCUACAUAUUUUGACCGUCUGCUGUCAUAACAACAUAUGAUACUUUAAAAAACAAAACUGCUCUUAUUAAGAUAGUCCUACUUGACUCCUUGCUUUGGGUGCAGCUAUGGGACAUGGAUGAAAUCACCAAAGAAAACUUGAGGACAAAUCCAUCAUGGCGUGAGUCAGCAAUUUAAUAAUUAUUUUUCUCAUGAUUACUUCUUUAGUCAGUUUUAUGAGUGGUUUUGAGAGUUCUUUGACUGGGAAAAUUUACACCCAUUUUUAUGUGUGUCAUAGGUAUAUUUACUGACUUUCAUAUUUUAUUAACAUAUAUGCAAAUCAAAAUAGGGCUGAAAUGUUAAUUCCAUCAGAGUGGGCAUAUUUUCUGUAUAAAUACAAUAUUUUUGCGAGUUACAGAUGUAACAGAAUGCUUGAAAAGAGUAUAAUUAUUUAUGUUGAGGGAAAGCAGAUAAACCAUAUAGCUUGAUGGUGUAGAGAUAUAUAUUGAGACUAGUGGUCAAGAGUAGAAGACCCAAUGGAAAUAAUCACAUCUUUAUUGCUCUCUACACCACAGUUAAUUGAUGAGCUUAAAAACUAAGAGAUUUUUUUUUUUUCAAGUUGUAAACAGUGAGACUUAAUUGUCAUUGCUCGGUGGUGUUUCUCUCAUUCCCAUGUAAAUAUAGUUUGUUCAUACUAGUGCUUGCUACUUUUUCAUGCAGACAUCACUCAGGCAAUAUGUCAAUAGUUUGGGUAUGUUAUGUCACUUAUAGUUUAGCUAUGUUACUGUUGCGUGUAUCUGAUGUUGAAUCUGUCCUUGCUGUGUUUUGACUUAAUUCUAUUCCUGUCAAUUUUACAACAUAUCUGUCUUGAUAUGACCUGAAAUUAGAGAUGACUAUAUUUUUAUUUCUAGGUUUUCAUUAAAGUAGCUUAAUCACAUCCUAAAACAUCAAGAAUUAGAAUUUUCAAAAAGAUAAUAAAAUAAUUGUAUCUGAUAUUAUGGAAUAUAUGAGAGCAAUGUCUUUGCUUGGCCAUGACAGCUCUUUGACUGUACAACAGAAAUAUUUUGUAUUUAAUCACAGGCAACAUGAAAACUUACAAAUUUUGUUUUCUCAUAGUUCCCAUACAUUUCUUUAAGGAAAGUGUGAUUGUCAUCAAAAUGUUUAGCUUCCUUCAAGUACAUCUGAGCUUUCAAGCCAAGUGAUAAUAUUUUCCUGUAAUGUAACCCCCCCCACCCCAAAGCCCUUGCUGUAAUACCCAUGCCCAACACUUAUAUCUUUCUAAUGUGUUUAAAUUUGAUUUGAAACAACCUGUAUUUUUAACAUAGCAGCAGAAACCAGAAGUUACAUGAAAAAUGACAUCAUCAUAAUAUAUGAGUAUUUUCUUGUGAAAUGAAAGGAUUGAAAGACUUGAUUCUCAUAUAAACAUUUUGUUAGGAAGUGCAAUAUGACUUGUCAAUAACCAUGAAAUUGUGUGUCUUGUAAAAGAUGUAUUUUGAUUAAAACUAUAUUGACAGAAGUUGACGACUGGUUACUUAUUUAUUUAUUAAAAUGAAUUACACAAUUUCUGUUCUCAAAAUUGCCAUUCACUUGGGGGUACUUUGUUUAAUUGUACUCCAUUUUUUUUAAAUAAUUUUAUAUUUUAUUUAUUGUUUGUAUCUCAACUUUAUUUUUUGGUAGUCACAGUUCCAUCUGACAAUUGUUUACAUAUCAGUUUAGUUGUACAAACGUCCACUGAAGACAGCCGGGUUUUCUUAUUAUUAUUCUUUAUUGAAAUGAGAGGGUAUCAGUUCUCUUAUUGGAAUGAGAGUUCUAAGUGCAUUUGUUUAUUUUGUGUCUGUUGAAUGUUCAUUACAGAAAAAUAAAUGAUUGGGAUUACUGUAAUAUUAAACCAGCACCAACUAGUAUUAAUUUGUGUUUGUUGUAUUAUGUGUGUGUAUGUGUGCAUUUGUACUGCGUGUGUGUGUACUUUGUACAUUUAUUUACAGUGUCAUUUGAUUUACAGUGUGUUUUUAUGUUCUGUACCUCUAUAAAUAGGUGUCUCAUAACUGCAGUCAUUAACUUCUUCCAAAAGUAUGAUCUCCAUGAGAAUUAAUCUGCUACAAUUGGAAAGUAUCAGUUAUUUUUAAGAUGUUUUUAUACUUACAAAUAUCAAAACAAUUUUAUGAGUAUAACUUCAAAUAGGUUUAAUAGUCCAAGUACUACAAAUGUUAUUUUUAACAUUGAAACAUGACAGCUACUGGAAAAAAACAAGUGUAAAAUCCCCACAAGCUACUAAAACAUCAUCCUAUUCACUCAGCAGGCAUCAACUUCAUAGCAGUGUAAUAAUGCUCGGUUUCAAACUCAGUUUACUAAUCAGAAAUAUCAGUAGUCUUUAGCACUUCAAGAACUAGCUCAGAAUCAGAUAAUAAUGAAAGCUCUCUCUCUCUCUCCUUAGUUAUGUGAGGCAUCUUGGGGUGUUAAUUUAAAUAUACUUAUGUUAACUGAAUAUAUAAAGUUUUUGGCUAAACUACUUAGCAGCCAAGUUCUAGAUGUACUCCGACUUAAGGGGAUUUUUGUUUUUAUUGACAAUAAAUUAAAUUAUUAGG